CGUAUCAUGGUUUCACUUGAGCCGUAUUCCGAGAUUAUUUCUGACAUGCUGAGAAGGCAUGCCACACAUGCAGAUAUUUCCCAACAUCUUCAAAAUAUUGGCAUGGGACGCGGAUGUUCUGUGAUGAGUAUACGGCGGUUUUGUGAUGCUCAGAAUCUCAAGCGGGGAGUAUCCGACGCACAGUUGGAAAUUGAUGUUUCGACAGCAAUCACAGAGACUGGACCAACCUUCGGUAGAAAAAUGAUGACUGGCUACCUGGCGUCUAAAGGAAUUUUUGCUUCGGAACAUCGGGUUGGAAGAGCUCUGCGUGGAAUUCACAGGCCCUAUCAUGAAACGAGAUCUAGGGGUCUCCGAAACUUCAAUCCAGUGCCCUAUCAUGCUGCAUACAUGGGUCAUAAAGUUCAUUUAGAUCAGAAUGAAAAACUGGCAAUGUUUGGGGUGACCCAUGUUAUCGCUGUAGAUGGGUACAGCAGCAAAGUUGUAGCUUAUGCAACAAUGCCGGUAAAGAAUAAUCUGACUAUUUAUGAGGAAGUUUACAGGUCAGCUGUUGUCAACUAUGGGCUGUGGGAUCAGGUCAGAGUCGACCACGGCAAGGAAUUCUACUUGUCACUUUUUAUACAGGAAAUCCUUGCACCCUAUAGCAGGGCUAGACAUAAGGAUUUAGGAGGGCACAGCCACUUUGGCCUUGGCUAUUCAUAUUUUUUCUAGGGCACAAGGCCAUUAAGCCUGGGCACAAGGCCAAAAUCUGGAGUAAAUUAGCUAGUGUGCAGUGGUAUUGUUUUUUGUGAAGUCAUUGACAAAUUAAAAAUUUUAAUUUGA